GGGAAGGUAAAAAAAAUAAUCGUCCGUUCUUUUGGACUAGGCGGCAGGGAUCAUGUGACCGACCGGCGGCUUCUUUCUCCACCUUGUCCGCCUCCGCCGAUCUCCGUCCUCUUUUGGAAACCCUAGAAGAGAGAGAGAGAGAGAGAGAGAGGGGAAGAAAAGAGAAGGUCCCUCAGUGCUUGGAUCGGAUCAGGAAUGUCAUCCAGGUCUAUGAGAUCGAGCAUCUCGCCGUUCCGAUCGCGGAAGACUCCCACCCCGCCGGCUCCCAGGCCCGGAGCUCGGCCGAUGACACCCUCAUCCUCCUCUUCCUCCUCCCGGCCGACGACCCCCUCCUCUCUGGCGGCGGCCCGGCCGACCACUCCGUCGUCCGCGGCAGCUCGGCUGGCGCACCUCUCGAAGGCCUCUUCCGUCUCCCCUGUCAGCCCUCCUUCGGCUCACCCGCCGGAGCGGCCCGAUUUCGCCAAGUCCAAGGAGAAUGUCACCGUCACCGUUCGGUUCCGGCCGCUCAGUGCGCGGGAGAUUAACAAGGGGGAUGAGAUAGCGUGGUAUGCUGAUGGAGAUUAUAUUGUUCGGAACGAGUAUAAUCCGUCCAUUUCUUAUGGUUUCGAUAGAGUGUUCGGGCCAGCAACUACAACUCGCCAUGUCUAUGAUAUAGCUGCUCAGCAUGUUGUAAGUGGUGCCAUGGAAGGAAUCAAUGGCACAGUUUUUGCCUAUGGUGUUACUAGUAGCGGAAAGACUCAUACCAUGCAUGGUGAGCAGAAAUCUCCUGGGAUUAUUCCAUUGGCAGUGAAAGAUGUAUUUAGCAUUAUUCAGGAGACACCUGGGCGAGAAUUUCUUCUACGUGUUUCAUACCUUGAAAUAUAUAAUGAGGUUAUAAAUGACCUUCUUGAUCCAACAGGACAGAACCUCAGAAUAAGAGAAGAUUCGCAGGGUACCUAUGUGGAGGGAAUCAAGGAAGAGGUGGUUCUUUCUCCUGCUCAUGCCCUUUCUUUAAUAGCAUCUGGUGAAGAGCACAGACAUGUCGGGUCUAAUAAUUUUAAUCUACUCAGUAGUCGGAGCCACACUAUUUUCACUUUGACUGUUGAGAGCAGUCCUUCUGGUGAUAGUGGAGGGGAAGAUGUGAGAUUGUCUCAAUUGAACUUGAUUGAUCUUGCUGGUUCAGAAAGUUCGAAGGCAGAAACAACUGGAUUGCGACGUAAAGAAGGUUCAUAUAUAAACAAAAGUCUACUUACUCUUGGGACUGUGAUUUCUAAACUGACGGAUGGUAAAGCUACACAUAUUCCCUAUAGAGAUUCAAAACUCACUCGUUUGCUGCAGUCCUCUCUUAGUGGACAUGGACGGAUCUCUCUUAUCUGCACGGUAACACCUGCUUCUAGCAAUAGUGAAGAGACGCACAACACAUUAAAGUUUGCACAUCGAAGCAAACAUGUGGAAAUCAAAGCUUCUCAAAAUAAGAUAAUGGAUGAGAAGUCCCUCAUAAAGAAAUAUCAAAGAGAGAUUUCCUAUUUAAAGCAAGAGUUGCAGCAAUUAAAACGUGGCAUCAUGGAGAAACCAUACCUGCUUGAUGCUAAUCAAGAAGAUCUUGUUAAUCUGAAACUUCAGCUGGAAGCUGGCCAAGUUAAGUUGCAGUCAAGAUUGGAAGAGGAGGAGGAAGCAAAAGCAGCCCUAAUGGGUCGGAUUCAGCGGUUGACAAAACUAAUAUUGGUGUCCACGAAGAAUACUAUAUCUUCAAACAUUUCAGAAAAGGUUGGGCAUAGACGGAGGCACUCUUUUGGGGAAGACGAGCUUGUUUACUUGCCUGAUAGGAAGCGGGAAUACAUUGUUGAUGAUGAUGUGGUCAGUCUUGAUUCAGAUAUUUCAGUGGAGGGAAAACCUGAUGCCAGUAGCCUAGAUGAGACUAUAAGGUUUGAUAAAAGGAAUCGGAGGCGGGGAAUGCUUGGGUGGCUCAAAUUAAGGAAACCAGAGCAACUUUCUGGACUGUCUCCCAGAGCAGGGAGUGAGAGCUCUGCCAGUGGGUCACCAUCCUGCUCGCAGUCAUCACAACAGAAACAAUUGUUAUUUGACCUGAAGGAUGGACAAAGAAAAUCUGUUAGUAGAAAAGGGGAUGAUCCUUCUUCAUUCAUUGAUUCCUUUCCAGAAAAAACACAAGCAGGUGAUUUGUUUAGUGCAACAGUAAAAGGGCGACGGCUUCCACCGACUGGAACUACUAUCCUCGAUCAAAUGGAUCUUCUUCGCGAGCAGGUGAAAAUGUUGGCAGGGGAAGUAGCAUUAUGUACAAGCUCUCUUAAAAGACUGUCAGAGCAAGCAGCUAGCGACCCUGAAGAUUUGCAAAUUCAGGAGCAAAUGCAAAAGCUGAAGGAUGAAAUCAAUGAAAAGAAGCUACAAAUGCGUGUGCUUGAGCAACGGAUGGCUGGAUCUUUUGAAGUGACCCAGCAGUCAUCAAACAGCAUUGAAAUGUCUCAGACGCUCUCAAAACUAACAAGUGAAUUAAGUGAGAAGACAUUCGAUCUUGAGAUCAUGUCUGCAGAUAAUAGAAUUCUUCAAGAGCAGCUACAGGUGAAGAUAUCUGAAAUUGCUGAACUUCAGGAUGCCAUUUCAAUGCUAAGACAGCAACUCAGUUCUUUAUCAGACAAAGGUUACAGAAGAGAGAAUAGUGCGAUUAGUGCAUCUUUGGUUGAAUCGUCUAAAGAAAAUGGUGAACUGGUCAGUGGAACUAACUCAUCCAAAGAAACUUGUUUUGAUGAAAAUACUUCAUCAAGUACCACAGGCUUGUCUCAUGUGUUUUCUAAUGAGGUACAUGAGGAAAGUAAUAAAGAGUCAUCCCUAAAGACCCAAGUUCUCAUGCAGGCUGUUGAGAUUGAGAAUCUGAAACAAGAAAAGGUGAGGUUAACUGAAGAAAAGGAUGGACUUGAAAUUCAUAGCCAAAAGCUGGCUGAGGAAGCUUUGUAUGCCAAGGAAUUGGCUGCAGCAGCUGCUGUUGAGCUUAGAAAUUUGGCUGAAGAAGUUACCAAGCUUUCUUACCAAAAUGCAAAAUUGACUGGUGACUUAGCUGCAGCAAAGGACAUGACAUUUGGCAGAUCUAAUGGCCAGAGGUACAAUCAAUGUGAUGGGAAGCAAGAUCAUGCCAAUGUGCACUUGAAGAAGUUGGAGGAUGGGAACUUGAUUGAGGAGUUAAAGAAGGAGCUUGCUGUGAAAUGCCAGAGAGAAGCUUCUUUGGAGGUUGCAUUAUCUGAAAAGGAUCAAAGAGAGGCCGAGCUACAAAAAAGAAUUGAUGAGGCUAAACGACGUGAAAAUGACUUAGAAAAUGAGCUUGCAAACAUGUGGGUGCUUGUUGCAAAAAUUAAGAAAAAUGGCAUUUCUGAUGAAUCCUUAUCUAAAGGGUUGAAUGAAUAUGAGUUUCCAUCAAAAAGAAAUGGUUUUCUUCCAUCUAACGGUAAUAACGCUAUAAGGUUUAUGGGGGAAAAUUUUUCGGACAACAUAGCUACAGAUGCCAUUAGUAGCUUGGAAGAAGCAAGAACUGCUUAUGAAUAUGAAAAAAGACGCUGCAAGGAAUUGGAACACGUUAUUUCCAGACUGAAGGGUGAAGACCUUACUGGCCUAGAUUCCAAAGCUCUUGAAGAACAGCAGAAUUUUCAUGUUGAAGCACUAGCAAAAAUAUGCCAAGAAAAGUUAACAAACCGGGCUUAGUAGUAAGCGAAGUUCCAUGGUGUUGAUUCUUUUGUUAGUCUCCCGGAGGGAAACUAAUGCGGAACAUUUGUGUAGAUGCGACCCCGCGUGUACAGUUUAUGCGAAAAGAAACCAUGUUGAAUGUUUAGAAGAAAAUGCAGAAGCAUUUCCCACGUUGCCUGAUUCAAGGAGCUUGCAGUAUGAUGACUGCGCUGCAACAUGAUCGUCAUAUUUCAACUGAUUGACAAUUUUGAUGUAUUUAUUGUACUAACAAAUGUUCGAGAGGUAUCAUUAUAAAUUUUGAAUGUUUGUAUCCACAUAUGUAAACAUCGAGACAGACACAAUGCAAGCUCCUGUCUUCAUUUCA